CAGCCCCGGCCCCCUUCCUCCUCCUCAAAAAAAAAAAAAAAAAAAACUUUGGAGAAAAAAAAAAGUUUCGCCUCUCUCUGUCUCUGUCUCUCUCCUCCCCGCUGUCAGGUGACUUUUUAGAAUUAGAAGCUAAUGAGCGUGGAUGCUUUGGGGAGCCCAGUGAUGGACCCUGCUGCACUCUCCAAACGGAACACGGCGCUGAGAUUAGUAGACUUGGCAGGGGCUCAUCACCACCAUCAUCAUCUCCACCCCCCUCAGAGCAUGACAGGCUUCCCGGGCUUCGCCGGGCAUCCCCACUCAGUGGUUCCCACGCACCCUGGGGAGUACGCCGCGGAAUCCCGCCUAGGGCCGAGUCCAUUCCGGCCUGAACACAUGGGGCAUCACCACCACCACCAUCAUCAUCAUCCUCCUCAUCACCCUGCGGCCCUUAAACUCAGCCCUGCCCCUCAUCCUCAUCCUCACCACCACCACCACCACCACCACCACCAUAUGGCAGGCCAAGCUGAGGUGGUCUCUAGUCAAACAGGAACGUUUGGCCCGGCGCAGGCAACAGCAGUCCCUUACCCAGUGUCUCGCACAGCCCAGGCUAUUCCAGCAGGUAGGGACUUCUUAAUACGCAGAGAUCUGACAGCUCCAGUCAUGCCAGGGCUAACUGAGCAACACACUGCUGCAAGUUCUCACCACGGAAUGUUUGUCUCAACAACAGGUAGCUACCCCGGACACCAUGGUCACCAUCACUCAGAAGCUGGGAAUCAUUCUCUGUUCUCUGGACUCCAUGAGCAGCCUCCCCAUGCAACUCCAGGUGGCCAUCUAAACGGACAGAUAAGACUGGGGUUACCUGGAGAAAUGUACGCCAGGUCUGAACAUUUCACUCAAGUACCAGCCUCCAGGACCGAUCCUUUUGCUGCUUCCUCGCUUCAUAGCUACGGUGGCAUGAAUCUGAACGUGAAUCUGGCUCCACACCACGGCCCUGGUGCUUUCUUUCGUUACAUGAGGCAGCCCAUCAAACAGGAACUCAUCUGUAAAUGGAUUGAGUUGAACCAGACUCCCAAAAAAUUAUGCUCGAAAACUUUCACCACAAUGCACGAGCUGGUGACUCAUGUCACAGUGGAGCAUGUUGGAGGACCCGAGCAAUCCAAUCACAUAUGUUUCUGGGAAGAGUGUCCAAGAGAGGGGAAACCUUUCAAAGCCAAAUAUAAACUUGUAAAUCACAUCAGAGUCCACACAGGUGAAAAACCCUUCCCCUGCCCUUUCCCAGGCUGUGGGAAAGUGUUUGCUAGAUCAGAAAAUCUCAAAAUACACAAAAGAACUCACACAGGAGAAAAACCAUUCAAAUGUGAAUUCGAAGGCUGUGACAGACGAUUUGCCAACAGCAGUGACAGGAAGAAGCACUCUCACGUGCACACCAGUGACAAACCCUACAACUGCAAAGUGAGAGGCUGCGACAAGUCCUACACCCACCCCAGUUCCUUGAGGAAACACAUGAAAGUGCACUGCAAAUCCCCUCCUCCGAGUUCAGGCUACGAGUCCUCCACACCUUCCCUGGUGUCUCCCUCCUCGGACUCCGGCCGGGACCCUCCUGCUUCCUGUUCUCACGCAGAGCCAGUAGCAUCGUCGCAAACUGCAGCUAACCUGAGCGAAUGAUGUCUACCCCGUUGCUCUCAAGGUAAUCUAGACAGACGCAGCUGAAAGCCUGAAUCUUAUGCCUUAGACAUCAAAGAAAGCUCGCACAAAGAAGUAUUUCUUCGCAAGGGUGAAUCUUCAUGGUAAGUUAGGAUUUCUAUGGCAAUAGGCAAGUCAUACUUAAAUAGUGAAAGGCAAAGUCUGGAGCCCGUCCAGACUUUUCAUUAAGGACAUAAUAUUUACGUCUAACAGGCCCUUUUUCUUGUGUAUACAAGUAUAUAUUUUUGUUUGACGCGAACUAAAUCAUUUUCAUUUAAUUUCCGGUAAACAAAACCCACGCGAAUGGGCACUUGUUCCAGAUCAUAAUAAAAAUGGAUAAGAAUGUCAGGAAGAAAAGGCCCGCUUGAACCGUCGCGUCAGCUCACUUUUGUUUCUGCUUUCUGCCUUGGUCAGAGAAUGCGUUUGGGAUUUGAUGGCGAGUUUCUAAAGGCAAGGAAAUGGUUUUUAAGGGGGAAAAGAAAAGGAGAAAGGUCUAAUCAAGCUCGGGUUGUUCAAAGGGUCUGAUUUUGGGGUUGAAAGUGUGAGUUUUAUGGUGCAUCAACAUGCCACGUUAGGAUCGCUAUGGUAAUGAGGAGAGCAAUAGCAAGCGGCCUUCAAAGGAGGCACACUCCAUUUGAGACAGUCUAUUAAGAUACAUUUGCACUGACCUUUGGUUUCAUGCUAGCUUAAUACAGUCAAUCUGCUCUUCGUCAGAAAUAUACUUCCUCCGCCUAAUACACUUUAACAGACUGUUUUUGUUUGCUUUCACCCUAAGGUGGGGUUUGGUAUGGCAUUUUUGCACUGAAGUUAUUAUACCAAAAGGAGGGACUGCCAAUAAAGGGCAUGUACAUAUUCUGGGUUAGUGCUAACUCUCUUCAGAACAUGAGCAUUUUUAACCAGCUGACAUAUUUUUUUUCAGAAUCCAAACGAUCAAACAUCCCCAUUCAAAAAUGUCUCUAGUGUAAAAAAAAUGCAUUGUGUGUCCUCCUUCCCCACCCUUCUCCAGUCCCCAGACAGUGAAGUUAGGAUGGGGAAGUAAAGGGACACUUGGGGUUUCUUAGUCUAAUGGUGUAAGGUGUAUCUAGGAAGGUAAAUAAGAACCUUUGGAUCAUCUCAAUAUUCCCUGAAAAAUAAAUAGGGAAAAGGCCUGACUAGAAGCUGUUGUGGAGGAAGUCCCAGCCCAAGGGGACACGGAUAGUGGCAGGUUUGGAAAGUGGUAAGUGCUUGAAGGGAUGAAGAACUUGACAUCCGCAUGGCUGAGGCCAUGGCCGAUGGGUUAUGGUCCCGGGAAAGUUAGAAGUCCUGUUCCAGUAAUUGUCUUGUUGUUUAUUUUAUCCAAGUACCCUAGUGAAUAGGGGAAAAAUAAACACGACGAAAAAAUUCAAACAGUUGAGUCGUCUUUAGUGCCAGCCCUUGUGGUUGAAUAAAAAGGAUGGUCCAAUUUCUAUUGAGCUGAGAAAUCUUUGAAGUGGGAGUUAUUAUCUGAGAAAUUCCUGCUUGUCGUCCUAACAACGCUGAUGAAACGUAAAAGGUUCUUUGUCAGCGAUUUGUUCUCCUUUCUGUCAAACUCACCCUGCCCGUUAGCUUUAAACCGUUUCUAAAGAGAUAGAAUCGAACUUUUAAAGAUAACUCUAGGAGCAGGGAGGAUACAGAAAAUGGCAAACUAUAUCAUCAUAUGUAUAUGCAUACAGACGUAUGUAUGUGUAUGUGUCUAUGUGUAUCUCUAUCUGUGUAUAGAUAUAGAGAGAUAUAUAUAUCGGUGUAUGUAUGUCCUGACUGCUCUAUAGUUCUCAGUUUUAAACGAUGUCCAUUUCUGCAUUUUAUCUCCUGAACUUUUCUGUCCAAUAAAUUAUUCCUACACAUUUGCUGCACGGAAUGCAAUUCUUGUGAAAAAGCAGAAAUGCAGUGUUUCAUUAACACUAGUAUGUAAGCAGCAAGCGUUUUCUUUCCAGUAAAAUGAAUGCAACAGCAUACACUUAGGAGUAAAGGCUUUGAUAAUUUUAACAUUCGGGAUACCUAUUAAGCAUGUAUAUACUGCAAUGUACCGAAAUUGUUACGCAUUAAAACCGAUGGCUUCCAUAUGUUUCCAUGUUUUAUUGUCAGUAAGUGUAAAGACAGUCAAACUGCAUCUCUUUGUAUCUUCAUUUUAUAAACAUUACAGUGUGCGAUUAUAUAAUGACCUGAUCAAGGUUUAUUUAGGAGUUUUAAAUUUUCAGAUCAUUAAAUACUUUUUUUUUUGUAAAAAGAAUCCCCUGAAGUUGUAAGUCAUCAGUGUACUUUUAUUUUAGCUGCUACAGAAUGCUGUGAGCCCAAUCCUGUAAUUCUAAUAAUUCCCACUGAUUUCAAUGGGAGUUUGCCUAAGUAAAGACUGAGUAAAACUGCAGUGAAGAUCCUCUCUUUUAUAUGUUUAAGGGAAAAUAUAAUGAUCACAAAUGUAUCGUAAAAUGUAACUCGUCAAAACAAUUAAAAUGUUGGAAUAUUA